AUGAUUGGUAGUCUGCUUCUGCUUAAUUUAAUCUGUCAUGUUCAUGCAACUGCUAGUAAUUCUCUAUCAGACUGUAUUAAGUUAGCGAAAAACUUUAAAACAACAUGCAGCAGUGGUCCAGUAUCCAAUAUCAUAGCCACAACCGGUACCGAUGUUACUUGUCCUUCAUUAACCGGUAUGUCCUGUCCAGGCUCUACCACCUCUGGAUCAUGUGUAUUUCAGCAUAAAAUGUGUGUUACUUGUUUCAAGAGUGGUUCAGUUGUUAAAAUUCGUGUACAAUCAAAUGGGUUACCACUAUACUGUCCACAUGUAUCAUCAUUAUUCAGUGAAACAAACCUUGAUUUUGUUGUGAAUUUUAAUCCCGAUGUAUCGAUCAAUUCUCCAAAUAUUAAAAUUACAACACAAAGAGAUAUCAAUAGCGUUGUAUGUAACGUAUCAGGUGAAAUGCGUGUACCAAAAGCUUCCAACUAUGUCUCAUAUUCAUCUCCCAUGGUGAUAAAUGUACUUGCUGGUGUAUCAGUUGAUGGUGUGGCUAUAUUGAAUGUCAAUAAUAGAGAUAGUCAAGAUCCCUUUUAUCCGGCUAAGGGCCCAACUGAGCAUGUUGAUCAAUGUUUAGUUCAUUGUCAAGAAGGUGGUCUGUUACAUUAUCAUAUGGGCUCGGGUUGUGCAAAAUAUGCUACAUCAUCAACCAAAGUUCUACCAUGCGCAUCUGUUCCAUUAUGUAAGUCGAGUAUAGCAACGUACAGUAUAAAUUCAUUUUCUAAUUACAAAACAUUAACUGUUAUUGGUAUUGCCAAAGAUGGACAUAUUAUUUAUGGUCCUUAUCUAUCAUCAGGUCGUCAAGUUAAGAGCGGUUUUGAUGUGUGCAAUGGAAUGUUUUAUGAUUCUAUUGGUAAUUAUGCUUAUUUCGUCACUCAAACAUAUCCAUAUAUCACUGGGUGUUUUGGACCUAGUAAUUAUCCAAGUGUGCGACCAAGUUGUACAAAAAAUCCACCAUCUGCUUACACCAAACAAAAAAAUACUUAA